GUUUUUUAACCAGUCACAGCCAUUCAUUCGCUGCAGCUCGCUGGGCUUACUGACAGGAAGCAUCUCUAUCUUUGAGGCACUUGCUCUCCCCCCCCUUCCCCUCCCACCAUGGCUACAGACUCGAUGGAGAUUGACGACUCUCUUUACAGCCGCCAGCGAUAUGUGCUUGGAGACAGUGCCAUGCACCAGAUGGCCCAGUCCUCAGUCUUUCUCAGUGGAAUGGGAGGACUGGGAGUAGAGAUAGCAAAAAAUAUUGUCCUGGCUGGUGUAAAGGCAGUCACGCUUCAUGACACAAAACAGUGUGAGACCUGGGAUCUUGGCUCCAACUUCUUUAUCCGCAAAGAGGAUGUUUUGAGCCAGAGGAGGAGGGUGGAGGCAGUGUGCCCUCACGUUGCAGAGUUGAACCCUUAUGUCCACGUUGACAUGUCUUUCUCUGCUCUUGACGACAACACUGAUCUCGGUUUUCUCAGAAGGUACCAGUGUGUGAUUUUGACUGAGGCCAGAUUGAGCCUACAGAAGAGAGUAAAUGAGUUCUGCCACUCACAACAACCCCCUAUCAGAUUCAUCAGCUGUGACGUGUACGGUAUCUGUGCACGAGUGUUUUGUGAUUUUGGAGAAGAGUUUGAGGUGUUCGACCCCACAGGAGAGGAGCCCAAGGAGGUUUUCAUUCAAAGUAUCACUCAGGAUAAUCCUGGGGUGGUAACCUGCAUGGACAACCAACCCCACGGCCUACAGACAGGGCAGAGUGUUGUUUUCAGAGAGGUCGGUGGCAUGGUGGAGCUCAACGGCACAUCUCGGCAGGUUUCAGUCCUUUCUUCUCACAGCUUUGCAAUAGGAGACACAUCUCAGCUACAACCAUACACACAUGGAGGUUUCUUUGUCAUGGUGAAAACCCCUAAAAUGUACAGAUUUGAAACAUUAGAGCGACAGCUGUGUGAACCUCGGGUCCUGACUCCGGACUUCAGUAAACCAGAGGCCCCACUUCAAAUCCAUGCUGGCAUGUUGGCACUGGACACCUUCCAGGAGCAGCACAGUAGACUUCCUAACACUGGGUGUUUACAGGAUGCUGAGGUUUUACUAAAGCUGACUGAGGAAGUGAAUGCAGCUCUCAAGAGCAAAGCUUCUGUGAAUACUGAGCUAGUACGCUGCCUUUCAAGGACAGCAAGGGGUGCUCUCCCUCCAUUAGCAGCAGCUGUUGGAGGUUUAGCCAGUCAGGAAGUUCUUAAGGCCAUCACAGGGAAGUUUGCACCCCUGCAGCAAUGGUUUUAUCUUGACGCUAUUGAGGUAGUCAAGCCACUUCAGCCUCUUUCUGCUGAGGAGUUUUCCCCUAGGGGUGAUCGAUAUGAUGGAUUACGAGCUUGCAUUGGUGACUCACUGUGUUUACAACUACACAAGCUAAGGGUCUUUAUGGUUGGCUGUGGAGCAAUAGGCUGUGAGAUGCUGAAAAACUUUGCCCUGCUUGGAAUUGGAUUGGCCAAGAACUCAGGGGAGGUGUGCAUCACAGACCCAGACCUCAUAGAAAAGUCUAACCUCAACAGGCAGUUUCUCUUCAGGCCACAUCAUAUACAGAAACCCAAAAGUACCACAGCAGCAGAGGCUACUCAUGAUAUAAACCCAGACCUACAGGUGGAAGCUCACCUCAACAAGGUGUGUCCGGCUACUGAGAACAUCUACAAUGACUCAUUCUACUCUUCAUUAAACAUAGUGGUCACUGCGCUGGACAACGUAGAGGCACGGAGAUAUGUGGACAGCCGCUGUGUAUCCAAUCAGAGGCCUCUCCUAGACUCUGGCACCAUGGGAACUAAAGGGCACACCGAAAUCAUUGUGCCAAACUUGACAGAGUCUUACAAUAGCCAUAGGGACCCCCCAGAAGAGGAGAUCCCAUUCUGCACUCUCAAGUCUUUUCCUUCUGUUAUAGAGCACACCAUCCAGUGGGCCAGAGAUAAGUUUGAGAGUGCCUUUGUCCACAAGCCCUCCAUGUACAACUCGUUCUGGCAGACCCAUUCCUCGGCUGAGGUGGUGCUGCAGAGGAUGCAGGCAGGGGAAAGUCUGGAAGGGUCAUUCCAGGUCAUAAAGCUGCUGAGCAGACAGCCCACUCAGUGGGAACAAUGCGUCGCUGUUGCUCGUCUGAAAUUUGAGAAAUAUUUCAAGAGAAAGGCCCUACAGCUGCUGCACUCUUUCCCCCUGGACACAAGGUUAAAAGAUGGAAGUUUGUUUUGGCAGUCUCCAAAAAGACCACCAACACCUCUUGAAUUUGACUUGAAAGACUCUUUGCACUUUGCUUUCAUUGUGAGCACUGCCCGGCUCUUCGCAGGGAUUUAUAACAUCCCUUAUUCAGAAAGGGUGGGUGAACGGUUACAGAUGAGUCCACUUCAGUUUGAAAAGGAUGAUGACAGCAACGGUCACAUGGACUUUGUCGCAUCAGCAUCCUCUCUCAGAGCCAUCAUGUACUCCAUUGAGCCAGCUGACAGACUUAAGACCAAACGCAUUGCUGGGAAGAUAAUCCCCGCCAUUGCCACGGCAACAGCUGCAGUGGCUGGUUUGGUGGCGCUGGAGUUGAUCAAGGUGGUUGGAGGCUUCGGGUUUGAAUCGCACAAAAACUGCUUCUUUAACUUGGCCAUUCCUGUAGUCGUUCUUACCGAGCCUGCUGCAGUCAAACAGACACUCAUCAGGAACAACAUCUACUACACCAUCUGGGACUGCUGGACUGUCUUUGGCCACGAGGACUUCACUCUCUCUGACUUCAUGAAUGCUGUCAGGGAAAAGUAUGGAAUUGAACCCACUAUGGUCGUCCACGGUGUAAAGAUGCUCUAUGUGCCUGUGAUGCCUGGACACUCCAAGAGGCUCAAAUUGACGAUGCAUAAACUAAUCAAGCCAUCAGUGGACCGCCGCUACGUAGACCUUACUGUGUCAUUUGCUCCCGAGGCAGAUGGAGAUGAGGACCUCCCUGGUCCUCCGGUCAGGUACUACUUCAGCCCCGAUGGCGAGACUCCCUGACACCUCCCUCAAUGUCAUCCUCAAGCCUCUUGUGUCCUUAUUUCCCUUCUUUUAUGUAAAUUGUUACACCCCAAUUGCUUUGGCAUGGGCCAAGAGUUUUCCCUCAGGAUGUUACCUGACAAAGUCAAAACUCCUUGCCUUAGCACAAACCCCUCUUGUACUUCAUGGAGCAAGAAAAGCCAGUUGUGGUCCCAGUUCUGUUUUUGUUUUUUUGUUGUUGUUUUCCCCUGUUGCCUAAGAUCUAGCCAGUGGAACACAAGGAGUAGCACUUAUAAUUAUACCUGUGUACAUAUACUUUGUUCCUUUUUUCUUUUUUACUCUGGUGAAAUGCACAGCUCUGGUUGUGUCGAUGCCUUAAUUGAUUAUUAACCUUUUUUUUUCUGUUUGUGGCAGCGAGUCUGACUAAAAUCUGUGUUUACAGGAAUCUUUAAACUCCCGACACACAGACCCAUUUAGUUGUUGUGUUCAACUUUUUUCUUUUUUUUUUUUGUGAGUUUAACUUUUGGCACAAUAAAAACAAGUAGUUGGUAGGCCUCGCAACAUCUUCGUCCUCUGAGUUCUUUGAGAAUAUUGCCAACCACAAAUUUGCCAAUUAUUUUCUGUCUCCCUCUAUAGAAAUAAAAUUUAAAAAAA